AUGUGGAUCGGGUUGAAUAUAGUGAUAGCCACACUGCUGGCCCUCACAGCCAACACAAUUGCCAAGGAGGAGCAACUACUACCGCCAGCCACGAGCUAUGGUGUACCGGACUACAGACAGACCCGCUCUCUGGGUGGCAUUGGGGAGUACAGCGGUGGUCUCGUUGGUCUCUCAACGGAUCUCAGUGGCAUUGGCACAAGUGAUUUGAGCAGCCUUCCAACUAGUUAUAGUCCAGUUGCAAGUGGUGUAGCUAAUGACUUUGGUGGUAUAUCCAGCACCGCCAAUGCUUACUCAACCACACUCGGAGACUUCAACAAUUUCGGUGACGAUCUCAGCGCUUUACAAUCGGUGCAACAAAUACCGGUAUAUUCUACACUACAGCAAGUUCAGCAAGUGCCAGUGGUAUCGAGUCUGCAAACUGUACAGCAGGUGCCUGUUUUAACGGAUGCCCAACAGCCGUUGGUAGUACAACAACCUGCGCUCGGUGUUGAGGGGCGCAGUUUGGGAGGCGCUGGUUUGGGUGUACUUGGUGGUGGUUUGGCAGGUGCUGGCGGCAUUGGCGGUGGCUUUGGUGGUGGCUUCAAGCGUUAUCGCACGAGCGUGCACAUACGUUCGCGUGGAUUUGGCGGUGGCCUAGGUGGUUUUGGUGGUGUAGGUGGUUUAGGUGGAGGCCUGGGUGGUGGCCUGGGUGGCUUCAAAGGCAUCGGUGGCGGUUUCGGCGGUGGCCGCUAUAAGGCGCACUACACAGAAAGUGGAGGCGGUGGCUUUGCCGGUGCUGGCGCUGGACUGAUAGGCGGUGCCGGUGGUGGGUUCUUAGGCUAG